AUGCCUCCCAAGAAGAAGGAACAGCAGAAAAUGUCCCUCGGGGACUUUCUGGCUGAUUCAGGUUUUGGUGGAGGCUCCAACUGGGCUGAUGAGGUUGAGGAAACCUAUGUUUCUGGCACCCAAGCCCUCCCCCCGGCUCGAGACACCGGCCGCUCCUUUGCUGCGUCCUCGUGGCAGGACCGAGGCUACUCCGUCCGCGAGUCCGUCCCCUCCAAGCUUCCCGAGAAGCCCCCGUAUACCGCCCACCUGGGCAACCUCUCAUAUGACGCCACCAGCGAGUCUGUGACCGACUUUUUCACCGGCUGCGACGUUGUUAGUGUUCGAAUCAUCGAGGAUCGUGAGCUGCAGCGCCCCAAGGGCUUUGGAUACGUCGAGUUCGGCAACCUCGAAGGCCUGAAGAAGGCCCUGACCCUUGAUGGACAGUCUUUCGAGGGCCGCAUGAUCAAGAUCAAGAUCGCUGAUCCUCCUCGUGGCGGCGAAGGCCGAGAGGGCCGUAUUGGCGAGUCUGCCCGAGACUUGAGCGAGUGGACCCGCAAGGGCCCUCUGCCCGACCUUCCUUCAUCGAGGGGUCCCCGGAAUGACUUUGGCGAACGCCGCCCUCCUCGUGAUCCCGCCUUUGAGAGCCGUGCUCCUCGCGAGAUGACCUGGGAGCGACGCGGACCUCUGUCCCCUCUGUCCCCGCAGGAACCUGGAUCCCGUGAAAGCAGCCGUGCUCGCGGACCUCAGGAGGGUUUGGGAGAGCGCAGCGACUCGUACCGUGGAAACCGCCGGGAGCCCGCGGCCUGGGGCGAGGGACGACAGGAAGGCCGCUCCCCUCGGCAAUACAGCGAGCGUGCCGAGCGUCCUGAGCGCCCUGAGCGCACUGCCACCGCUGCUGAAAAGGAUUUCCAAUGGCGUGACCGCAUGCGUCCCGACUCUGCCAACGCGCCCGCAACUGAGGCCCCGGCCUCUCCUGGUGCCGCACCUGCCACCCUCGCCCAAGGUGGUCGUCCUCGCCUGAACCUCCAGAAGCGAACCGUCUCGGAAGUUGCCGAUACCGCCUCUACCAAUGCUUCGGACUCCAAGGCCAGCCCCUUUGGAGCUGCUCGACCCAUCGACACCGCCGCGAGGGAGAAGGAGAUUGAAGAAAAGAGACUGCAGGCGAUUCAAGAGAAGCGGGAAGCGGAUGAGAAGGCCAAGGAAGAGAGGCGUCUGGCCAAGGAAGCUGCUGCUGCCAAGGCCGAGGCUGAGGCCGAGGCUGCAGCUAAGAAGGCUGCCGAGGCCGCUGAGUCUGCCGAGGCCGCCGAGGCUAAGACAGAGUCAAAGGCUGAGGGCGAGACGGCAACCAAGACUGAGGAAGAGCCCAGGACCGAGCAGGAGAAGCAGAACGGUGCUGCGGAGCAGAAGGUGCCUAUUCGGACGCGUGACCAGCCCAAGGAUUUCAAUCAGGGACAGAAAUCAAGAGCUACCGAGUCUGGAAACUGGAGAUCGGCUUCGAAUGAACAGCGAAUCCCCCGGGGUCCAUUCCGUGGAGGCCGUGGUGGCCGCGGUGACCGAGGAGAAGGCCCUCCCCGAGGACCUCGCAACGACAACCGGGCGCCUCGUGCCAACGGCCAGCAAGCUGCUGCUGCUGCUGCUCCCGCGGCCGAGGGCGACGCUCCGGCUCCGGCCCCGGCUCCGGCUGCUGAUGAUGACGGCUGGACAACCGUCGCGGCUGGUAAGAAGGGACGAAUUGGACGAGUGUAAAAACCAAACCAUAACGAAAACGAGGGAUCACGAAAAGAGCGAUUGUGAAAAUUUGAUGCCAUUUCCUUUCGGUUUUCAAUGACUAGAGAUUGCCGUCGCAAGAC